UCACAGACCCUCACCUGGACCAGCAUGGCUCUGAGCGCGCUCCUGGCCUCCCUCCUCUGCACCACCGUGCUGCCGGUCCUGCUGUUCCUGGUGGCCCUGAGGCUCUGGGAGUUCUACUGGAUCCGGGGUCGGGACCCGAGCUGUCCCAGUCCGCUGCCCCCUGGCUCCAUGGGCUUACCUUUCCUCGGAGAGACGCUGCAGCUCAUCCUGCAGAGGAGGAAGUUCCUGCUGAUGAAGAGGCACAGGUACGGCUUCAUCUACCGGACUCACCUGUUCGGGAGCCCCACGGUGCGCGUGACCGGGGCGGACAACGUCAGACACAUCCUGCUGGGAGAGAACCGGCUCGUGUCCGCGCAGUGGCCCGCUUCAGUCCGGACCAUCCUGGGCCCGGACACGCUGUCCAACCUGCACGGAGCCCAGCACAGGACCAGGAAGAAGGCCAUCAUGAGGGCCUUCUGCAGAGACUCCCUGCAGCUCUACAUCCCUGAGAUCCAGGAGGAGGUGCAGGCCGUGGUGUCACAGUGGCUGCUGAAGGACUCCUUGGUGCUGGUGUACCCAGAAAUGAAGCGGCUGAUGUUCCGCGUGGCCAUGAGGGUUCUGUUGGGCUUUAAACCGGACCAGAUCAGGCUGGACGAGCAGCAGCUGCUGGAAGCUUUUGAAGAGAUGAUUAAGAAUCUGUUUUCUCUGCCCAUCGACGUUCCUUUCAGCGGACUCUACAGAGGUCUGAAGGCCAGAAACCUGAUCCACUGUAAGAUGGAGGAGAACAUCCAGCAGAAGGUGCAGGAGUGUGAGCAGGGCUGCAGACACACAGACGCUCUGCAGCAGCUCAUCGACAGCAGCAGGAAGAACAACGAGCCUCUCAGCAUGCAGGCCAUCAAGGAGUCUGCUACAGAGCUGCUGUUCGGGGGCCACGAGACCACCGCCAGCACAGCCACGUCUCUGAUCAUGUUUUUAGGUCUGAACCCACAUGUGGUGGACAAGCUGAGGCAGGAGCUCCAGGAACAGGAGGAGCAAGGCCUGGACCUCCACAGUCUGAACCUGGACUCCUUGGAGCAGCUCAGAUACACAGACUGUGUCAUCAAAGAGACUUUAAGGAUCAACCCUCCUGUUCCUGGAGGCUUCAGGAUAGCUCUGAAGACGUUUACACUCAAUGGUUAUCAGAUCCCUAAAGGGUGGAAGGUCAUCUACAGUAUCUGCGACACACACGACGUGGCUCAGAUGUUCCCCAACAAGCAGGACUUCCAGCCGCAGCGCUUCAUGACCCAGCCCUCUGCAGACUCGUCCAGGUUUCACUACAUCCCAUUCGGUGGCGGCUCCAGGAUGUGUGUGGGCAAAGAGUUUGCUAGAGUUCUGCUGAAGGUCUUUUUGGUGGAGGUGGUCUCAAAGUGUGACUGGACUCUUUUAAAUGGACCUCCAGCCAUGAAGACUGGACCAACGGUCUAUCCUGUGGACAACUUGCCAACAAAGUUCACCAGCUGUGCUCAGUAAAAUGUAAGGUUUUAGUUUCUGUGUGGAACUCUGGAGAAGCCUUGUGGACCCAGAAAUGGAUUCUUCUCUGGACUUUAUACUUUUAUUUUGCAGAAUAUUUGUAUAUACUGUAGAUGAAGUAUUUUUGAAAUAAAAUGGAUGAUACACUUUAUAUUUUGGUUUAAAUAAAAGCACUAUGUAGUCCAGCUGUA